UGGAAGCAUUUUUUAGUUAUCAUCGGAAUGAUCUUUUUGGUCGGUUCGUGUAUCUGCCUAAUCGUGCAAAUCAUCUUGCUGAGCGUCCAUCACGAACCUUUUCCGCGCAGACCUGUUUUUAUCACGGGUGUGUGUUUCGCUAUCAUUUGCGACGGAUCCACGUUUACGUACACAUUCUCAUCCCUCAUUCACUGGCGCGCCAACCGAAUUAAUGAAGGUCAAUCGAGAACAACCGCCUUGGGUGCGUGGUACAUGAUUAUUCAAUUUAUAUGGUACAGCAUCUACGGAGUGCUAUACAUAUGGUUUUUUGCCGCGAAUUCAUGGACUUACUUCAACGCGAUGCUCGUUUUCGAUUACGUAUUACGGUUUUUGUUGUGUCUCAUGUACACAUGGCCGCCACCGAAUCGACCCAUCGACUUUAUGACACGAAAACUAUUUGCU